AAGUGAGCUAAAAUAUAUCAACAAGAACGGGGGGAAAACAAACAGAAAAACCCGGCAAAACGUUUAUCAUCGUAGCCUGCGUAGUGAAGAAAUAUUUACCACUGUUAAGUUCCCAAAGAAUUAUUUUAAUCCGAUUGUUAGUACGGGAGUGAAUUAUUUGAUAAAAUAGUUAGUUGUAUAGUGCAAAUAGUCACCCCGACUGAAGCUAACCAGCAACAGUAAUUGCAAGUCCGUUGAUCGAUGCAAACAACUAUACAUUUAUAGAGAAAACUAUUGUAUCGAAUCGACACUAAAAAAGUGCAGAAAGUCUUCUCGAUCCACAUAAGCUAGAGUGAGUGCCCGAGCAGAAGAAAACUAAAUGUAAGAAUUGAUUAAAUGAUGUCUAAAGUUUAUAACUAACUAAAAUAUAAUCUUUUAGCUUCAAGCUGCUAUACUUUAAACGCUGCUUUGAGGAUUCGUUUUUUUCACUAAAUCCGAACACUUGAAGAUUUACAAUCUUCCGGACAUAACCUCAAGAUGUCGGAUCCGGCGAAUGAUACGAUCAGGAAUGUGGAGAAAUCGGUCAACAAUCGCAACUGCAUGUAUUGCGAGGAAGUUGAUAGUGAAGAUGACAUGGUCCAAUGCGACAUGUGUAGCUUUUGGAGUCACUAUCAAUGCGCGGGAGUUACCGAGGCAGUGAAGAGUGUACCAUGGAACUGCACGAAAUGCAGUAAUUUGCUGCACGUUCCCAAAAUAAGGAAACCUGUUAAAAAGAACGUUUCCAAACGAACGGGAAGUGCCAAAAGCGAUGUCGGAACGGAGCUUCGAGAAGGUCGGCCAUCGAUUCAAGAAUCUCUGAGCCUUCUCGAACAAGAAUCGGCUGCGAUCGAGCAGCAACUGCAGGAGGAGAAAAUACUGCACGACAAACGCUUGGAAUUGGAGAGAUCGGUGAACGAAAAAAGGCGUGCGCUGCAACAAAAGAUGCAGGAGGAGAAACUUCGCCAGGAGAAGCUGCAACUAGAACAGCAAUUGGCGGACCACAAGGACUUCUUGAUCCGGCAGAAGCAGAUGCGCGACCAGUUCCGGAAAAUGAAAGCCGAUCUGAGUCAGGAGUUUGAGAACGAUGAAGAGGACAGCGAUCCGGAUGUUGGUUCCGUGAAGACGAAGGCGUGGGUAGAGACGCAAGAAGAUCCCCGCGGAGCUUAUCCCAAGAAGCCGGCAGCAGCGCCAAGGAGUUUCCCUCUCACUGUGCGUAACGCGUUGGUGGAACGGCAUGGCGAGACAGAUUCGGAACAGAGCGGAAUUGGACGCCAACGCAAACACGAACCAUUGGCGACGUCAUCGAAAGGCGAGGCUCAAGCGGAGAAGAAGAAGAAUGGGGACACCGACCAUCGUUUCAAAGAGCUGUUGGAGCACUAUUUGAAGGCAAAUGGAUCGCAACAGGAGCCGGAAGCAUCCGAACCGGAAGAGUCUGAGCUGGAAAAGCUUGAACAGGCUUUGAUUAGGAAGUUGUUAGAACGUAACACGUUAGGACGAGCUUGUAGUGUUAGUUCAGGGCCGACUAAAGAACAGUUGGCUGCACGCGAGCUGCGUCCAAACAUCUUCCUACUUUUCGAGGCGAGCCAGAGGUGUGGCCCCAAUUCAUCAGCUGCUUCGAAUACACCACGGAGGCGUGUGGGUACACCAAUACCGACAAUUUGA